CUUGUUCUCUUCAGCCGCCAUAUUUAACUUCCUCAGAGCAAGACCUUUUAAACAAAAGCGUCAUAUUUUCAAUGUCUUCGAGAAGAUCACCCAUGGUUGAAGACUUGAAGCAGUUGUAUAAAGCUGAACUUCUUGAGAUUUCUGAUCAUCUGACCAAAGAGGAAUGUAAAAAACUUUUAUAUUAUUGCACAGAUUACAUUUCGGAGAGUUCUUCGAGUAGCUUCUCGACGCCGGAGGAAAUUUUUCGGCGCUUGGAGGAAAAGGAAAAAAUUUCGUACGAGAAAGUAGGCUUUCUGACGAAAUUCGCAGACAAGAUAGGAAGGAAAGAUCUGGCCACAAAGCUUAACAUAUUUGAAAUAACAAGGGAGCUGAUGAUUUUUGCUUUGAACAGGCAAGGAUUAGGAGCAAACAUUAAUUCGUCGACCACAAGUGUGGGUCUUCGUUUAGCAGAAAUGGCGGAUGUAGUCCAAGAUCGAGUUGAUGUACGAGCCCAAGGAAUGAUCAAUUCCCCCCUUGGGUCCGGGAAAAAUGUCUCCAACAUUUUGGACGAAAUCAUCCGAGAAGCUGUGCCUGGCUCAGAUGAAACCCAAAACUGGAACGACCUGGCUUUGUGCUUCGUCAUUGCAGCGGGAAUUGUCUGGUUGGUGCUCAGAGAGAACCAAGAAUCAGACAACGAUGCAUUACAGGUCGCCAUCGACCUGGCCAGUCAUCUUUGGUCUAUGAUGGCCAAAGUUGGAAAAUGGGAGGAAUUUUGCAAAUUUGUCCGUAAGCGACACACUGGAUACAGUUCAGUUCCUGAACCAGCGACUGACUCUCCGUGGAAGAUGAUGUUAAUCGACUUGAUUGAGAAGAUGAAGGAAAACUUCUUUAAUGAAAAACAAGGAUAAGUAGCAUCCAAUUUAACGUAGUCAUAGAUUAAUUUAGCAAACAUUGGUGGGAUAAAAUAUCUGAGCACUUAAGAAAGGAGUAGAAAGAGUGAACUGAAACAGAUAGCUAGUUCAUUUUUCUCUUUGUAUCGAAUAUUUCAACGUCGUUAACUUGAAGAUAAUUUUUUUCAAGGGUCUACAAUUUUCUUAUCGGUCUGGGUCUAGGUCUUGGUCUGAGUCUGGUAUUUAUGUGAGCAGUACAAAUUUUCACACUGACCAUUUUUAUGGUUUUAUUACUAGGUUCGCUGAGUCGAGAACCAAGUCAACAACAAGCAAGGAAGUGAUGUCUUCAUGUUGGACACCAACUUCCACUUAUCCAGACUUGCGGUUCCUUUUUGUGAACCAGUUGGCAAGAAAUAACUUAUAUGCAACGGAAGUUGCGAAAACCACACAACCGUAGCUAUUGCUACACUCUCAAAUAACUGAUAUGCUUUAAAGCAUUCAAAUCCUGUUGAGCUAAAUUUAAGGAGGGGGCAUUGGGGUCUAUUAAAAACAGCAAAAGCGUAAAAUCCUGAUGCACCCCUCUUUAAGCUCACACUGAUUUGCUCCUGAGGAAGAUGAAUAUGGCGGCUCAUUUACGUUGUAACAACGGCUCAUGUUACCACAUUUGAGCACAACAUAAGUCUUAUUUACAAGGUAAGUCUUAUUUCCAUGCUCACUACCGGUCAGACGAAAAGAUCAAAAUGACCCAAAAAACCGAUAGAGAAAGACCCAAAACUGAUAAAGUAACAAAGUUAGGUCGACAUCUUAAGUAGUGGGUAGUAGUAAAUAUAAAUUUAGGUUGCCGAGUUUCGAUCAAGCAUGCUAUAUCAAAGGAAGGAAUAAAUUCGUCGUAAUAGAUGCUUCACUCUCAAAUGAUAUUUAAAUUGUUAUAGUCUAGUGAGAGUGUACACUCAAGGGUUUUAUAGGUCCUUCACACAAUUAGUGGGAGAAAGUAGUAGUUAAGGUGAUUUUUUCGCUUUUUUUAAGAAUCUAAUGCUUUUUGAAGUUCCAUGUAGAGUAAACUUAUGUUUGAAGCUUGUGUCUUCUAGAUACCCGUCUCAAAGGUAAUCAGGUAAUUUUUUUUGUAGUAUUUUGGCAUUCUGCAAAUAUAGCUAAAUGUUUUUCGA